AUGUCGGCUCAAGAGAUUGUGGAAAGACUUGAUAUUGCCUGGAUUGAAGGCCGAUUAGAAAAUGUGUUGGAAAGACAAAAACAGCUCGCAGCUUUGCAUCAAUCAAUUCGACAGCGGUUCGACGAUUUUGUUCGCGCACUGGAACAAGACCUUCAUAAUACCCCCGAACUUGCUACGUCAGAGCUCAUCACCGCCCUUGAUGCCAUCAACACCCUGUACGAACAGUUGGAUUUCCAGCACGUGCUGAACGAUGAAAGAAAGAUCAAGAAAGGCGGAACAACCGCAGGCUUUUUUGUCCCCCUGGGGAAAACAUUGAUUGUGCAGCUCUCUUUUUCGCCCAUCAUCUCGAUCAUCGGCCCAUUGGCUGCCGCUUUGGCUGCAGGCAGCCCGACAAUCGUUCUUGGUUCUCCCUCUCUCCCUGCGACUGGCAUCUUGCUUGAGCGUACAAUCUUAGAAACCUUAGACUGCGAGGCAUUUCACUUUGAGAAAUCAGCGAAUGAGUCGACUUACAGAUCUUUCGCUCAGGCAGAGUACGCUACAGUUGUUCUUCACAGCCUUGAGACAAGCAACACAGUCUCCCCGCUUGUUCACGCCGCGAACCCAUCCAUUCGGCUACUCGAACCAUAUUAUGGUGUUCCAGCUGGUAUCAUUGACCGCAGUGUUACCAUCUCUAUAGAUGAGGUUGUGAAGCGAGUUCUCCAAGCUGUGCCGGAUCGGCCAAGCGGCAAUCAUUUACGAGUCCCGCGGUUGUUCUUUGUUGAUGAAUCUAUAUUCGCCUCAGUCAAAGGGAAACUGCCAGUGCAACACGAUUGGAAAAACGACAACCUGACUGAGUGGCUUCAAAGGCACUACAGUGGCCUCUCACUCAGUCACUCGAAGAUUCAAGGCCAGAAGGGGCAAAGCCCGAUUUUUUCUACAGUAGAGAAAGCCGUGACAGUGAGCCUGUCAGACAACUCAGAGAUCAUUUUAGUAUCUACAAGAAGUCUCGACCACACGAUCGAUCUGUUGAACAAGAUAAACACCGGCACGGGGUCUCAGGUUAUCUAUAUUUUUGCUGGAGACAAAGAAGCGUUCUACCUUGGAAACUUCAUCACCGCUUCCCACGUCUACAUCAACGACAUACCAAAUCGCUCUCUUGUUCUCACAAGCUGUCGCUCGGCAAACAGUUCUAUUACGCAUGGUUACCAUCUCAAAGAUUUUUCCGAAAGCAAGGCCAUGCUCCGAAAGACGACAUCUAGCUCCCAAGGUCACAGAACGAAGCCAGCGAAGUUGAACACAAAGAUAGUGAAGCAACCUCAGGGUGGUCAAUGUGGUUACACAGAUGAAGCAACCUCAUCGCACAUGAACAAUGUUUCUACAUUUGUUGAGAUUAUGAAUGCAGAACUCUACAUGAUAUUGUAG